AUGGAAGGAUGCUCACUCGACCUGCCUCCCUUCGAUUGGUUAAAGUACGCUAAACUCUACAACCACAAGUAUGAGAAGAUCCCAAGUUGGUGGCUCAGACAGGGAGUCGAUGUCAUCGUCCUGUAUUUCUCACUAAACAACCGGGACAAGAAACACAUCAUGUAUGACUUCUACGAAUGGUAUGAAAACGCUAGGUUUAUGAACUUUCCUAUAGAAGUCAUCAAUGUACCUCUGGACUCAAAUAUCGAGGACAUGUGCAUGAGUUACGAUGAACAAGCGAAUUGGUUCACUAUCAUGUACAGCGAUCCUCUCAUCUUUACUCUCCUCUACAUGUACGAUGUCACCUGCGUCCCUCAUCUUGUUGUGAUAAGACCAGAUGGCACACUAGUCUCCAGUCAUGGAAUCAUGGACAUUGAAAGGUACGGCAAGAAUGCCCUUAUGACUUGGCUGUCUCCAACGGCCAAUUCAAUACCUCCGAAGCGAUUCAGCCGCGUCAAGAGAAUGUUUGGACAAAAAUGGAGAUAUAUUACUAUUAGAGUAGGUAAUAUUAAGAAACGGUAUUACAUAAGGAAGUUUAGUAAGGGUUUAGAGCGCCGCAAGCCGUCGUCAAUUGGUUUAUCUUUACGACUGUCAAAGUCCAGCGCACCUGAUACUUUGGGUGUUAUACUGCCUACUGCACCUAAUGUAUAUGAAAAACCUGUCUAA